AUGUCCUCCCUAGAUUCACUCACAGCUUCGCUUGCUAGCUGUUCUAUUCAGCCCUCUGCGACAGUCUCUCAUGGCGAAACUAACUCUCCAGCUACCUGGCGAGAGGCUUUGCUCGCCGCCCCUUCUGCACCGAAGGACUUUGAACUCAUUAAAACCCUUGUCUACAAACCAAAGACCGCAAAGACCGCUGUCCCAGUUCCAGUCGUCGUAAUUGCUCGCGACGAAACCGAGACUAUCUCCUCUGCCCUGGGCAAGAAGCUGAAUCUGAAGGAGCUGCGUUUGGCAUCAGAGGAUCUGCUUAAAGAAUUCUUUGCGUCCGAUAAGAACUCCUUGUCUGUGCUCUCACUCAACAACGAUAACUUUCCAAAAGUAGUUACAGUAGUCGAUUCCACCAUCGCUACUUCCUCAUCGGUAUUUGCGAUCCACGCCCUUUCCUCGAGUUCUACCGUAUUCCUCUCUGGGAAAGACAUUGUAUCAUAUCUCCGUCAAUUAGAGGGCGCCGAUGUGAAGAUCCAAGAGAUAGAUUUCCAGGCACUCAAAACCGAGACUGGAGCAACUCCGGUUGGCCAGCCAUCCAAACCCUCUGUGAAAGAGAAAGAAGAUGCUAAAAUUGAGGGCGCAGUCCAGAUUGCCAUUGGAGUGAAGAAAGAAGUUGACUUUGCCGCCUGGUACACCAACGUUCUUAUCAAAGCAGAUAUGUUGGACUACUACAAUGUCAGUGGAUGUUAUAUCUUAAAACCUUGGUCCUACAGCAUCUGGGAAGAAAUUCAAGAUUGGUUCAACAAAAAUAUCAAGGCCAUGGGCGUCCAAAAUUCUUAUUUCCCCAUGUUUGUGUCAUCUAAAGUCCUGGAGCGUGAAAAAGACCACAUUGAGGGAUUCUCUCCAGAGGUCGCAUGGGUCACAAGAGCCGGUAACUCUGAUUUAGAAGAGCCUAUUGCCAUCCGUCCGACAUCAGAGACAGUCAUGUAUCCUUAUUAUGCCAAAUGGAUUAAAAGUCAUCGCGAUCUUCCUCUCAAAUUAAACCAGUGGAACAGUGUCGUAAGGUGGGAGUUUAAGAAUCCUCAGCCAUUCCUUCGGACGCGCGAGUUCCUCUGGCAAGAAGGACACACCGCUCACCUUACCCAAGCAGAAGCAGCCACGGAAGUACGCGAAAUCCUUGAGCUAUACCGUCGCGUCUAUGAGGAGCUUCUGGCUGUACCGGUGAUUCCGGGCAUCAAGUCAGAAAAAGAGAAAUUUGCUGGUGGACUGUACACGACCACAGUCGAAGGUUUCAUUCCUACCUCAGGACGUGGUAUCCAGGCGGCUACGUCACAUUGUUUGGGUCAGAACUUCUCGAGGCCCGAGAUGUUCAACAUCGUCGUAGAGGACCCGAAUGACCCCUCCGGACAAGGCAAGACUUAUGUAUGGCAAAAUUCAUGGGGUCUGUCGACGCGAACGAUCGGUGUCAUGACGAUGGUUCACGGUGAUAAUCAAGGACUAGUCCUUCCGCCACGUGUGGCUUGCGUCCAGGCUGUUGUAGUUCCCUGUGGUAUUACGGCGAAGACCACUGAUGAAGACCGAGCCAAGAUCAACAACGCCUGUGACGAACUCGCAAAGGUCUUGAUCAAGGCGGGUGUCAAGGCAAAGGCUGAUCUCAGAGAUGGGUAUACCCCAGGUUACAAAUUCAAUGACUGGGAACAGAAGGGCGUGCCUCUGCGUCUUGAAAUAGGUCCAAACGAUAUUGCGAAGCAGCAGACUCUCGCAGUUCGCCGUGACAAUGGUGAGAAAUCCCCGGUGCCGCUUGCAGACAUCGGGGUCACGGUUUCGAGCCUUCUCGAGACGAUCCAGAGCGAUAUGUUUAGCCGCGCGCAGAAGGAGUACUUUUCGCGCUUGAAGGAGAUCACGCGCUGGGAAGACGUUGUUCCUACACUGGAUGACAAAUGUAUAGCCGUCCUUCCAUGGUGUGAAGUGGAGGCUUGUGAGGAUGAUAUCAAAGAGCGCAGCGGAAGAGCGGCGGAACCGCAAGAUGAGAGAGCCCCAUCCGCUGGAGCAAAAUCUCUUGCGAUUCCUUUUGAUCAGUCUCGGUGGACUCCGAUUGAGCCCGGUAAAACGAAAUGCCCGGCGUGCAACAGAGACGCGAAACGAUGGACGAUGUUUGGAAGGUCUUACUAA